GAAGCGGCUGUUCUUGGCGCCUGACUGGAAGCGAGCGAGCGAGCGAGCUGGCAAGAGGGCUUUUGGCGUGGACAACCCGGCAGCGCGUGAGGCCCUCCCUCCCUCCGCUCUCACUGGGUGCCCCACUGGGUGCCCGGCCCAACUGCCAGUCAAUUAGUCCGACUGAGUGGCCAGGGAGGCGUCUCGGCGGCGGUGGCGGCAGCAGCGGUUGCCGCUUCAGGCAGAUAGAGGGACCCUCCUCGGGGGGCGUUGAGCGGGAGGGGCCGGGCGAGUACGAGACCGGCAGACGCCCUUCUGUCUGUCUGUCUGUCUGUCUGUGGCGGGUGAUAGGCAGGCACCUCCUCCGCCAUUAAGGGCAGAAGGACAGAUUCCCCGCUUCCCCAGGAAAUUUGCGUCAGUUUAUCAAGCCUUUUCUGUGCUCCCUCCCUCCCUCCCAAUAAUCCCACUCAAGGCGGGGCGCAGAUAGUCCGUGCGCUUUACCGGGGCGGAGGCAGGUAGCUUCCAUUCACUCUGAAUCUUGUUGGGAACAGGCGGGAGAUUCUCCCCUUAUUUCCCUGCUGAGAGUCCCGUCCCCCCCACAUCGCCCUGUGGGGGGCAGCUAGGCAUGUAUCCCUCUUGCAGAGAAGAAUAUUGGGAAAUAAUCCGGCAGCCCCCACCCCUUUUUUUAAAAAAAACCCUCCCAUUGACAGGCUGAACACACGUAGCACUCCCCUUUCCUUCGGGCGAGACACAGGCAGAGAGAAUUGCCCUUUCUCUCUCGGUUGGGGGGCUGCUCUUCUCUUCUUUCUCCCGUCCUUCCACCCCAAGAUGCUGCUGCCGCCGCUGUCGCCGCCGCCGCCUACCCCCCUGUAGCUGAGCCCCAGUGCAGGGCGAGGCUCAGACCGUCGGCGUGCCGGCGCCAUGGAGCGCCGAGGGGAGGCUGCCGCCGCUGCCCUCCCGCAGACCCUGGACUUCACCGUGGAGAACGUGGAGAAGGUGAGAGGCACUCCACCAGUUGUAUUAUGACCCCAACAUUGAAAACAAGAAUCUGGCUCAGAAAUGGUUGAUGCAAGCUCAAGUCUCACCACAAGCCUGGCACUUCAGUUGGCUACUUCUCGAUAUGGACAAGGUGCCUGAGAUCCAGUACUUUGGGGCCAGUGCCCUCCACAUCAAGAUUUCACGCUACUGGAAUGACAUCCCAGCUGACCAGUAUGAAAGCCUCAAGUCACAGCUCUUCAGCCAAAUAACCCGUUUUGCUAGUGGUUCCAAGAUUGUGCUGACCCGGCUUUGUGUGGCACUGGCUUCGUUAGCACUAAACAUGAUGCCAGAGGCCUGGCCAUGUGCUGUUGCUGACAUGGUGCGCAUGUUUCAGGCAGAGGACUCUAAUGUUGAUGGGCGAGCACGCUGCCUGGCACUCUUAGAGCUGCUGACUGUUCUGCCUGAGGAGUUCCAAACCAGCCGCCUGCCUCAGUACCGUAAGGGGCAGGUGCGUAGCGUCUUGGCACAGGAGUGCAGUUCUGUCUUCCCCCUGCUAGAGCAAUUACUACAGCAACAAGACUCUCCCAGCUUCAUUAAGCAGAAGGUGUUGAAGUGUUUCUCGAGCUGGGUGCAGUUAGAGAUUCCCCUGAUGGAGUGUGAGAACUUGAUCCAGGCAGCCUUCACCUCUUUGCGCGAUCCAGAACUCUUUGAUACAGCUGUGGAGGCCAUUGUCAAUGCCAUUUCCCAGCCUGAUGCUCAGAGGUAUGUGAAUACUCUUCUGAAGCUCAUCCCACCUGUUCUGGGACUCCAGGAACAACUACGUCAAGCAGUUCAGAGCAGGGAUAUGGAGACAUCUCAUGGGAUCUGCCGCAUUGCUGUUGCCCUGGGGGAGAAUCAUUCCCGAGCUCUCUUGGACCAAGUGGACCACUGGCAGAGCUUCCUAGCACUGGUUAACAUGAUCAUGUUCUGCACUGGGAUCCCAGGACACUAUCCUGUCAAUGAGACCACGAGUUCACUUACACUCACUUUCUGGUAUACACUUCAGGAUGACAUCCUCUCUUUUGAUCCAGAAAAGCAGGCCAUGUAUCAGCAGGUAUAUCGGCCUGUCUAUUUCCAGCUGGUGGAUGUGCUUCUGCACAAGGCACAGUUUCCCUCUGAUGAAGAGUACAGCUGCUGGUCCUCUGAUGAAAAGGAGCAAUUUCGGAUAUACCGAGUGGACAUCUCUGACACCUUGAUGUAUGUGUAUGAAAUGCUUGGAGCAGAGCUGUUGAGCAGCUUAUAUGACAAACUAGGUCGCCUCUUGACCAACACAGAGCAGCCAUCCUCAUGGCAGCACACAGAAGCUUUGCUUUAUGGGUUCCAGUCCAUCGCAGAAACAAUAGAUGUAAACUACUCGGAUGUAGUGCCUGGCCUCAUUGGGCUCAUUCCUCACAUCAGCAUCAGCAAUGUGCAGCUUGCAGAUACGGUUAUGUUCACUAUUGGAGCACUUUCAGAGUGGCUGGCUGACCACCCUGUCAUGAUCAACAAUGUCUUACCCCUGGUGCUACAGGCUCUGGGCAAUCCUGAGUUGUCCAUCUCUAGUGUCUCAACCCUUAAGAAAAUCUGCCGUGAAUGCAAGUAUGACUUGCCUCCCUAUGCUGCCAACAUAGUUGCUGUCUCUCAGGAUGUGCUAAUGAAGCAGAUUCACAAGACAAGUCAGUGCAUGUGGCUGAUGCAAGCUCUGGGCUUCUUGCUGUCUGCCCUCCAAGUGGAGGAGAUUUUGAAGAAUCUGCACUCACUGAUUACUCCUUACAUCCAGCAGCUGGAGAAGCUGGCUGAUGAAACGCCAAACCCCUCCAACAAGUUGGCCAUCAUCCACAUCCUGGGCUUGCUCUCCAACCUCUUCACCACAUUGGACAUCAGUCAUCAUGAUGAUGAUCAUGAGAGCUCAGAGGUCAAGAAGCUGCCGGUGCCUCAGGGCCCCAAUCCGGUGGUGAUGGUGCUGCAGCAAGUCUUCCAGCUUAUCCAGAAAGUGCUCAGCAAGUGGCUGAAUGAUGCCCAGGUUGUGGAGUCUGUGUGCUCCAUUUUUGAAAAGUCUGUGAAGACCCUCCUGGAUGACUUUGCACCCAUGGUGCCUCAACUGUGUGAGAUGCUGGGCCAGAUGUAUAGCACCAUUCCUCAGGCAUCUGCAAUUGAUCUCACUCGACAGCUGGUUCACAUCUUUGCCCAUGAGCCUGCCCAUUUCCCACCUAUCAAGGCGCUCUUUCUGCUCGUCACAUCAGUUACGCUAACACUGUUUCAGCAAGGGCCCAGGGAUCAUCCUGAUAUUGUUGAUUCAUUUAUGCAACUCCUGGCACAGGCACUCAAACGGAAACCUGACCUGUUCCUGUGUAGCAGCCUGGAUGUCAAAGCAGUAUUCCAUUGUGGUGUGAUCUCCUUGAAGUUCCCUGAAGCACCAACUGUCAAAGCUGCCUGUGGCUUUUUUACUGAGUUAUUGCCACGUUGUGGGGAGAUUCCACCGGUGGGACAAGUGGUACAUGAGAAUGGCAAAAUGCUGCUGCAGGCUGUGCUUGAGGGUGUAGGUGGCCAGGCUGCACGCAACUUGAUGGAUCACUUUGCUGAGAUCCUCUUUGCUCUCAACAAGCACUGCUUCAGUUACUUGAGUGUCUGGAUCAAGGAAGUGAUGCAGCAGGAUGGUUUUCCAUCAGCCCGUGUCAGCCCUGAACAAAAGGAAAUCUUCAGCCAGCAAAUUCUCAGCAGAGAGCGUGUGAACAAACGGCGUGUGAAGGAGAUGGUAAAGGAGUUCACGCUGCUGUGCCGAGGACUGCAUGGUACCGAAUACACAGCAGACUACUGAGGGGCCAUAUAGCAAAACAGGAGCAUGAACAGAUCUGCUGGCUACCUGCCACUGCCUAACGCUGCUAUUGAACCAGCUCAUAGGACGAUAACUGCAACUAACCUGCUGAGGCUGCUCCUCUCAAGAAUGAGCUGUUUGUCCAUCCCUCCUGCAUGUUCAGAGGCAGCAGGCUACAAGGACUUGGAGCACAGGCUGGAGCUGAGGAUAUUUCCUCCCCCUGCUAGACUGGUGCAAUGAUUGCCCCUUGUUUUCCCGGCACACUCCUGUAGACAUAUCUGUGGUAUUGUCUGUUCCUAAAGAGUCUGCCUUUGCCCUGCAUGAGGCAGCUUGUGUCUGACUGAAGUGGAAGGCCCUGCAGCCUUGAAUUAUAUUAAGGCUAUUUCUAAGCUGUGGUGUUUGGUGAAUUGGGGGAAGAGACGUAACUUCUGGACAAUAUUGGGCAGGGGAGGGUAAAAAGCUGUAGCAGUUGCAGUUGCACUUAUAGCUGCCCUAGCCUAACGGGUAAUAAAGAAGAGUAUGAUGUCGUUUUGGACAAAGAAGAAAUCCAAAUUCUGCAACAAAGUAUUGGAAAGAAUCAAAGUUAGCUUCUCAGAAGGAAGCAUACCUGCCAGCCUUUGCAUUUCUUGGUUUGCUGGCAAAGUUGCAUAACCAGUUCAAAUUUUCUUUUUGCAGGUAACAAUCUAUAGGAGCAUCCUGUGGAAGGCAUAUUAUCAUACUAGCCUGUAAUAUGAAUGAUAGUUUCUAGGUUCAUUUAAAAGGGUUGCAGCCACCUUUACGCGCUCUGAUGAAAAAUGUCCCUGGUUGCUUCUGCAGCUGAAGAUCAAGAUGUGACAAUGGAUCUGAGGGUGUGCUACUGUUUAUGGUGGAAGGAUGGAAGAGGAGCAAAUCAUUUUCAUAUGGGGGACUGUUGGUAUUGCAGGUUUGGAGACUAACCAGGUUGAGCAAAUGUGCAAUUCAGAAUGACUCCAGGGCCAGUUUCAGUCUCCCCAUACAACACGAGUAGGUUCCUAACUUGGGACUUGCUGUAAUGUUUCCUAUCCCUCGGUAGCGAAGCUCAGUUUACAUAAAAGCAGGUUGGGAUGGCUUGAA